AUGGAAAAGAUGGAGAAAGCUGUUGUUUCACGCACACAGUCUCCAGAGGCUUUUGAAAAUGAAGGGUAUAUUUUUUUACUGAUUGUAAUAUAUUUGUUUGCAGUUUAUAUAAUAACAAGUAUUUAUUUUUUAACAAAAACAGUUAUUCAUUGCGCGGAAAUUUACGCUCAACCAAGGGACGUUCUAGCAGAACCUUCAUCCAUUUUGCACGAUGAUUUAAUCGACGAUGAAGUAAGAGACGACGAGCUUUGUUCGAUUGAUCUUACAAAGUUGGAAAAUGACUCACAGGAGGGCUUGUGGGAAGAAUCUAAAGUGAUUGCUUUUUUACAAUCACAAUUUGAUGUUUCUUUUACGCCUCUGGCGCGUUGGACGCCUUUAACGGGUCUCCCGCCAAAAAGUGUCGAGGAGGUUGACAUUGAAGAACUGGUUGCAAAAGAGGAUGAAGACGAGGAAGCUUUUUUACUACAAAAGAGUGCCAUCAUUGAAGAAUUGUGCCGGGACAACAUUGUCAAAAAAGACGCCGAAUGUCCCGCCAUUGAAGAGCUACUCACCAAUGACGUUCCAGCGGAGGCUGAAGGCUUACUCGCGGUGAAAGAAGAGGGGUUUUUCCCACAAAAUACUCUCCACACCGAAGACUUGCUCGAGGACAACAUUAUCGAAAAAGACGACAAAAGUCCUACACCUAUCUGCGGCGCUAAGAAGAUAAAGAAGAAGAAGAGGAAGAGUCGUGAGCUGAGGAGACUGGAGCGAAAAAUACAACAGAUCAAACAAAACUACAAGAUAUUGGCUCCGCCAUGCCUAAUGCGAUGGGACUCGAUGAUUGCUGGUCCAAGGGGUAUUUUCCUCAUAAAUUUAGUUCGGAGGAACAUUUAAACUAUGUUGGAAAAUACCCCCCAAUCACCAAUUACGGAGUAGAACGCAUGACGGCUGACGAGCUGUACAAGUUUGAGAUGUGGUAUCAUGAAAAGAGUCAAGAGGUCUUUGAUUUUCAAAAACAGGCGAUACAUUACUGUAAAAAUGAUGUUGACGUUUUGCGGGCAGGAUGCAUCAAAUUUAGAGAGGAAUUUAUGAACGAAACGCAUGUUGAUCCCUUUAGUAAAAUUACCAUAGCCUCGGCAUGUAUGAAGGUGUUUGUGACUAAUUUUCUCGAAGCAGACUCUCUAGCCAUACCUUCCUCAGAUAACUACCGAGGGACAUGUAAAAAAUACUCACAUGCCGGCAUCCAAUGGUUAGAAUGGGAGGCGCAUCGUCGUGGAAUUUUUAUACAGCACGCUUUAAACAAAGGAGAAAAACAGAUGGGUUCAUACUUUGUAGACGGUUUUGCUGUAAUCGGCGACAAACCGUUUGUCUGGGAAUUUCAGGGAUGUUUUUAUCAUGGCUGCCCGACGUGUUUUGAACCCAGUGCCAUUUGUCCUUUGACAAACACUCGUUUUGAAGAGUUGCACAGGGCUACCGAGGAAAAAAAAGGAGGCUUUAAAGCGCGACCACAAGGUCAACACCAUUAUCAUUAGAGAGCAUGAGUGGAAUGAGAUGAAAAAAUCACACCCCGUGGUAAUAAACUUUCUCAAAACUCACAAUUUCCCCGAACCUCUCAUUCCACGAGAUGCUCUUUUUGGGGGUAGGACGAGCGCGUUUAGAUUGAGGUACACGGCGGGUGAGAAGCAGCGUGUAUUGUACGAGGAUGUCACCUCUCUCUACCCGUAUGUCAACAGUGCAUUUUCUUAUCCGCUGGGUCAUCCCAUCAUCAUCCAUACGGAUUUUGACAAUGUUCAAAACUAUUUUGGUCUGGUCAGAGCCAAGGUUUACCCUCCUCGCGGUCUCUAUUUUCCAAUGCUACCCCACAGAACGGUCAAGGGCAAACUAGUGUUUACACUUUGUCGUACAUGCGCCGAAAACAAUAACCAACAGGGGUCUUGCGAGCAUGAUGAGGAAGGUAGGGCGCUGACGGGAGUUUGGGUCACGGUCGAAUUUACCAAAGCUCUGCAGUUGGGGUACAGAGUUGGUAAGAUUAUGGAGGUGUGGCACUUUGAAAAGCAGAGCCGUAGCGUCUUUACGGGUUACGUUCAAACUUUUCUAAAGGGGAAGCAAGAAGCUUCUGGGUAUCCUAAAGAAGUCAUCGAUGCAGAAGGCAGGGAAAAGUACAUUCGUGAAUAUCAUGAAAAUCAGGGAAUACUGCUGGAUGCUAAAAAAAAUCGAGCUCAACCCUGCCAAGAGACAAAUGUCAAAACUCUUUUUAAACAGUCUUUGGGGAAAGUUUGCGGAGAGACACAAUAGAACUCAGACCACCUUGGUGAAAAAAAGUGCUGAAUUUUUCGACUUUGUAUUUUCAGGAAAAUAUAAGGUUGAAUAUUUCUCCUUUCUCAGCGAUAAGAUUGCUAUGGUACAGUGGAGAUAUGGCAAAAACAGCGUGGUGCUUCCCGGUAGCACAAAUAAUGUAUUUAUCGCCGCUUUUACCACCGCUUACGCACGCUUAAAAAUGUACGGGUACCUAGAGAGGCUGCAAGAGAGAGUUCUUUACACAGACACCGAUAGUUUAAUCUACACGGUAAAUGAGGGGGAAGCUUCUCUGGAGACGGGUUCGUAUCUAGGGGAGUUGACGGAUGAGUUGGGGGGCGACAGCAUUCAAGAAUUUGCCUCUGCCGGUCCAAAGAGUUAUGCCUACCAAACCCUUCAGGGUAAAAAAACUGUGCUGCGUGCCAAGGGAAUCACUCAAACCCGUGAGUGUUGCGAGAGGGUCAACUUUGACAGUGUCAAAGAUUUGGUGGAGGGUUAUCUACAGGGAGAGGAAACGGGUGAGAUAUACACGCCACAUCAACAAAUUGUUCGCGAUAAAAGGGGCUUCCUUUUAAAAAACACUUCAUUUGAAAAGAAGUUUAGAGUGGUGUACGACAAGAGACGUCUCUUUUCUAACGGAAAAACGUUGCCAUUUGGGUAUUAGAAAAAAUAUUGAAAAAAUGGAACAAGUAGACUUUGAGCCUAGAUUUUAUACACCUUUUUCAUGCUUGAUUGUAGGGCCUAGCGGUUGUGGAAAGACUUUUUUUGUAAAACGUAUAUUAGAAAAUUGUGAACAUGUCAUGAAUUCUGUACCCGAUAACAUUGUGUGGAUUUAUACUUCCU